CAGAGGCGUCUGUCUGUCUGUCUGUCUCUUUCUCUGCAUCAGGUGUCCGAGUGCACGCCACUGGCUGCCUCAGUUUGUCCCUUUUGCGGAGCAUCACCACUUGGCGAGAAUCGUAAAUGUGCCCCAACAGAAGACAUUGGUAGAAUCAACAUGGUACAAGUUGAAAGGCGUUGA